CAGCUGCUGCUCUGGAUGGGCAACGGUUGCUUUGCACUUCUGCUUGAAAACAUGAAUUCAGUUGUGAAAGUGCAGGGCUUGUGAAUCGUUGGAGACGAUUUUGAAGAAGCUGUGAUGUCACGAGCACACUGCCUGCUGUGUUCGUGUUCAUUAUUUGGAAAUAAUGGACUGUUUGUGUUUAUCCUUGGAUUAAAGGCUGCUCUCCUUCCUGUCCCUUGUCCUGACUUCGCAGACUUGGAGAGUUUGUCAACAAGGCUUGCCGAGCUUGGCUGUCUAGUCUCUACUCCCUGCACAGGUUCCUGAACUACUCUGACCAACUGCAGGUGGCAGUCGAGGCCUCUGGAGACCUGCUUCUGCCUUGUGGGAUAUCAAGGCUGCCUUAGCAGACAAGACAGUGAGAUCCAGGGCGCCCUUGCUUCUCACCAGAGGUCACCAGCGCAGCCCAUCCCUGCCCUCAAGGCCCGAUGGCGGAGGCGGCCCACCUGCGUGCGCUGCAGGAAGCAGUCAAGUGCCCCGUCUGUCUGGAUGAUCUGAAGAACCCUGUGACCCUCAGGUGUGGACAUAACUUUUGUCAUUCCUGCAUCGAGGGGGCCUGGGGUCAGGGGCAGGAAAGCUUGCGCUGCCCUGUCUGUCGUUACCAGUGCAGAGAGAGGCUGGUCACGAGCAAUGCGCAGCUGUGCAGGAUGGUGGAUAUGGCCAGGAUGCUCCGGGUCAGCAGCAGGGCCGAGAGUCAGGGGGAGUCACCUUUAUGCAAGACGCACGACCUGGCGCUGGCCCUCUUCUGUGAGGAGGACCUGGAGCUGCUGUGUCCCCAGUGCCCUCGGCCCCCUGAGUGCGAAGGCCACCGUGUGAGGCCCGUGGCCGAGGCGGCCUCUGAGCACAAGGCCAGGGUCUACAGCUACUUCAAGCCCCUCAAGAGGCACGUGGCAGAGUUUCAGAAGGUGUUAGCCAUCCAGAACACAAAGUCGUUAGAAGCGAGAGGCAAGGCAAGAAUCAGCGAACUUAACUUACCGCCUGAAGUAAAGUACCUGUGCCAGUUCACACAGGGUAUAUGUCGUGCAGUUUUCUUAAGCGCAGAUGAAGAAUACAGAAAUUACCUCAAACAAAAAUGUGAUGACGACGAGACUGCCUUUAUAGAUCACCUUUGCUCAUUGAAAAGUCUGGCCAUGGAGCUGACCGAGAUGAGGGCGCUGUCAGAAGUGAGACUGCUGACAAGCAUCAAGGGCAUGCUCUGCAGGUGGGAGAAACUGAAGCUGCCGGUCCAGAACCUGCUCCAGACAAGGACAGCAGGACUUUCACCUCCCCCGCCACAUCCAGCUCCGUAGAAAGAAGGCCGUCACUCGGUCCUGAAAAUGUCACCCCAUUCAGCUCGUCUUAGAGGACAAGAAGUGCACGACAUAGAGCACCUUGUGCCUCCCAGUCCCAAGAGGUUCGUGUCUCCCGUGGCCCUGGGUUCUGAGCUCAUCAGUUACAUGGCUUUACCUUCCCCUGUCAGAUGCAUAGCUUAUGGAAAUGAACACAAAUGGAACAUAUACCUGGAAUGGUACAAUCCUCAAUUUGUGAUUUCAGAGUUGUAAUAAAGUGUGUCUACACCUAUGCCUAUGCUGUCAAUCUUGCCGAUCUAUGGAUGAGGAAUCCCUUCCAAUGUGCAUCGGCUGACACCAUCGGCCUUAGUCUCCAAGCGCCCAGAUGUUGGGCUGGGGUAUGUCCACAUGUUCUGUUCUGCAUUCUCAGCUAUGGUACGAAAUAUACUCUACAGGCCCCAGUGAGUGACCUUGCCCUCCAUGGGCACCAUGGUCUACCGCCCAGCCCCCUAGCUUCUACACUGAGGAAGACCAGUUCUAGGCGGGCUCGUGGACCUGAGCCAGUUGACUUGGGCAUUGCCAGAGCCCCACCCCCGGGGCUCACAACACCCACUGCAAAGGUGGGGCCAAGUGCCUGGACCAAGAGA